GGCGGCGGCGGCGGCGGCGGUGGCGCGGUGCUGGCAGGAAGUAUGCUAAAUAUGGCAGAAACUAAACCCAUCCAGCUUGGAGCAGCCUGUGCUGUCACCUUUUUCUUUGUCCUAAUCUGUUGGGCUGAUGCAGCUUCAUUCCAGCAGUAUCAGCUGCUUCAAAAAGACCCAGACUAUGUAAUGAAAAAUUUACAGAGGCUCCCAAAUCCUGAUAUGAUCAAAGCUUUGGAAUACAUAGAAGAUCUUCGCAAGCAAGCUAACAAGGGAGAAAGCAUCCCUGAUUACAACUCCUUUCAAAGUGUCCCAUAUCUCCUGCAACAGAAAGAAAACAAAGAUCAGGUUCACCUACCAGAAAAUGUAAGGGAUUCUUUGACUGAAGAUGAGUCUCAGUGGGUUAAGGUUAUGUUGGAAGCCUUGCGGCAAGCUGAGAAGGAAUCAAAAGGCACAAAGGAAAAUAAACUUUAUGGUCUGAGCUCAGAUAACAGCUUUCCAGCUGGAGUAACUGAUGAUUAUGAGGCUUACAAGUGGCCUGAGAGGUGGCAAAAAUAUCUUAAAAUGCCUCUCGGCCACUAUGAAGACAGCUCAAGAGACAGUCCUUUCAAGCGUACUAAUGAAAUAGUGGAGGAGCAAUACACACCCCAAAGUCUUGCUACACUGGAAUCGGUGUUUCAGGAGUUGGGGAAAAUGGCAGGACCUAGUAAUCACAAGAAGGAGAGGCUGGAUGAAGACCAGAAAUUGUAUGCAGAUGAUGAAGAUGAUGUGUAUAAAGUAAAUAACAUUGCCUAUGAAGAUGUGGUUGGAGGAGAAGACUGGAAUCCCAUUGAAGAAAAAGUGGAAAGCCAAACCCAGGAAGAAAUAAAAGAUAGCAAAGAGGAAAUUGACAAACAUGAAGAGGAAGUUGAUGAUGAAAUGAAGAGGUCAGGGAAACUCAGCUUCCUUGAGGAUGAAAUGAGAAGAGAGAAUAAAGAUCAAAUGUCAGAGGAUGUUUCAAAGCUAAUGAAUUAUUACCUGAAGAGGCUCAUGGGCAGUGCUGGAAACAGAAAACUAAGGACUGGAGGAGAGCUUGAGGAGAAAAGAGCAGCCACAAUUUUGGACAAGCAACUUAACCCUCAGUCUAUAGCUCAGUUAAUAGAAAUGUCAAGGAAUUUACAAAUUCCUCCAGAGGAUUUAAUAGAUAUGUUUAAACCUGGGGAGAAAAAACAGCUUCAGAGUGAAAGGUUGGAAGCUGAGCAGGAAGCAGAAUUCCCAGAAGACCUCGAUGAGAUCACUGAAACUAAUCUAGGACAGAGUGACAUUUUUAAAAAUAACGUAAACUCUAAAAACGGGUACAUGAAGCAGCCUCUUAAUGCAAUUCCAGAAAAUCUACCUGAAGACCUCAAUAUUGAAGACAUUGUCAGCCUUCUGGGAACUGGCAAUUUAGGUAAUCAGAAUCCCUCCUACUUACUAAACCGUCUUAAUCAAGAAAAUGAUUUGCCAAGACUGCCUUACAUUCCCAGAAGACUGAAAGGACGCCCAGUUGCCAAAUCUGCAUGGAUUAACGAUUUGGAAAGGCGACAAAUGGAGUAUGAGAAACUGGAUGAGAAGGACGAAGAGCUGGCUGAUUACUUGGCAAAGAUGCUGGCAAAAUAUCCUGAAGUUAUCAAUACGAACCAGAUGAAACGAGUUCCUGUCCCAGCUUCUGAAAGCGACUUGCAGGAAGAUGAGCGGCUGGAGCAGGCCAUCAGAGAGCACCUGAGCCAGCUGGGACCACAGGAGGCCGCAAGGUUGGCUUCGCUCAGCAAAAGGCUCUCCAUGGCUGGGGACACCGAUGACACGCAAAACAGGCAGUAUCUGGAUGAGGAUAUGCUGGCAAAGGUGCUGGAGUAUCUAAAGCAGGAGAAAUCAGAGCUUGAAAGAGAUCACAUUACUAAACGAGCAAUGGAAAAUAUGUAAUAUUGUUCUCCAAAUAUGAUUUCUCUCCCAUGUGUUGACUUCUAUCCCAAUUCAGUUGUGAUUUAUUCCCGCUCUCCCACUACACAACUUCUGGUAGACUACUUACCAUUGAACAGUCUGCAUAUCUUUCUCAGAGCUGUGAUCUUGUUUAUUGAUAUACUUAUGUAUGUUAUAAAUUCUGGGGCAAAUAACAAGUUGCUCCAAGUGUUUUAAGAAACAAUUUAAUGAAAUCAAGUAAAACUAUAAUAUGUAAACAAAUGACCUUUGCAUUGUUAAUAAAACAUGAUAAAUGAAGAGUGAUAAUUAUCAUUUGAAAUUUUUAAGAUUAAUUGGAUUAUUUUGUUACUGUCUGUAGUGUUUUUUGUGGAGUAUCAAAUAAAAAAAAUAAAGCAUUAUAUAUAUAGUUUUA